ACAAUCAUGCCAAAUGAACGUAUCAAUCCAGCAUAGCUGAACGCGACACUUGGCCAGCAUUCAAAACAAGUACAAGCCACUCAAGUAUUUUACGUCAUCUUAUAAGUGUCUCAACUCUUAAGUAACUUAAGUUAGUGUACUGCGCUGUUUUAUUUGGCGCACUUGUGUAUCAUGGCUGUUGUUUCUUGUACUUGGAAACGCUCGGUAAUCUCGGGUGAUAUCCCGUCCAUCAGAUGCCAAUUUGCUAUAGCUCAUUCAGGAAACGAUGUAUAUUUGUUCGGAGGAUCGUACAAAGAAAAUGGAAUGACCAUAUACUAUAACGAUUUGUACAAAUUGCAAAUACAAGACCAAGAAUUGAAUUGGAGCAAACUUUCAUGUUACGGAUUGUUACCCGAAGAACGUGACAGCCAUUCAUUAUUAAUCUUCAACAAAAAAAUGUAUUUACUCGGUGGCAGAAACCAAAGUUCGUUUAAUCAAUGUUUGCCUGGUGUCAUGGAAUGCUGCACAGAAAGUUACUGUUGGAACAAAAAGUUAGCAACCGGGUCUGCUCCUAUUGCAAUAGGUUUCACUGUAUGUGCUACUGGAAAACGAGCUUUUACAUUUGGUGGUGUCGUGGGAUGUUCGCCAACAAACAAUGUGCAUAUGCUCACCCUAGAUACGACGAUGUGGCUACCAAUCAAAUGCACCGGUAUAUCUCCAUCGCCACGGUAUCACCACGGUAGCUCCAUUGUCAACGGAAUAAUGUUUGUAUUCGGCGGUUCCGAUGCCAUGCAGGGAUGUUAUGAUGACAUUUUCUGCUUUGAUACCGCUACUUUGACUUGGAUCGAGCCAUCAUUUCGAGGUCUUCCACCAAGUGCACGAGCUGGUCAUACAUUUGUCGCACAUAGAGAUAAAGACAUUUACAUGUUUGGUGGGCAUACGAUGGAUGACACAGGUUCUUCCAUAUACAAGUAUAGCGUUGGGAUGCGAAAAUGGAAGCAACCUGUUGUGGCUGGAAUACCACCUCCUGCACUUCGAGAUCACGUUGCAUUUGUACAUCACAGCUCAAUGUAUGUACUUGGGGGAAUUAGAGAUAUGGGAAUGGUAACAUUACAUGAAAGUUACGUUCUAAGGUUUAUAAACCCAUCAGAACGAAAACCAAUAGCUGAACAUUUGAUUGGAGAUUUCUGUACAGAGCAAUAUUCGCUGUCUUGCUGGUCACCAACAAAACAGCCUGCGGUCUCAUACAAAGUGGAUGAAAGGUACAAGGAUAUAACCGACAAAAGAAUAAAGGACUUCGUGCAAACAAAAUUGGAUUUUCCGUUGUGUGAUCACGUUUUAAAAUACGAAGCUGAAGAUGUUGAACCCGUUGACGUUCAACUGUGUACGUUCCGUGCAGCAAGUGCAGAACUAAGCCAUGCAAAGCAAGCGUUAGAAAACGAAAAAAUUAAAAUAAUUCAAUGCUUCGAGAAAGAACGAGUGGAAGUAGAAAGGCUCGUGAAGAUGCACAAGAGACAAAAUGAGGCUUGGUGGUUCGAGAGGAGGAAAGAAAAUGAUGUCGAACGACAAAAAUUAAGAAAGGCGUGGGAAAGAAUCGAAUCUCAACGGGAGAUCUUGGAAAAUGAACGAAGGUUGCUGGGAGCGAAGGGAGAGCAAGUUGCCCGGUUGUUGCAGCAAAUAAAUACUUAACCUGGAAACUAAUUUUAUUACGACUGUAACAAACUCGAAUUUAAAUUUCUAUGAAAUUUGUUGCCACGAACUGGUUUGUAACAUGAGAACGAUAUACAACGUUACAAAAUUAAAACCAAUCGAAUUAUAAGCACACACCA